GUGUCGUGAAAUAUUACCACGCCAGACCACGGUGUUAUUACGUAUCCCGGGUUGUAUCCCGCUCCGCCUGAGGAAGGCACCGACUUAGGAAAUAUACUGCCGAUACUAUGGCAGUCGAAUGUUCGAUUGUUCGAUAAUCAGCCGCUUUGAUGUAUUUAUGAUUCGACCAUCUCGAAGAGAAAAGUGACAAUGGAGACAGAGGAGACUCCGGUGGGGUCUCCUUGGUACGGCAAGGUUUUCGAGUGUUGGAGGAACCGAAAUCGAGUCGGUCCCGGUAGAAUCGAGCUGCCCGACUGCGACUUCUUUAUCGUGGCACCACGACGCACGCUGCGUGUUCUCAGGCCGACCCUGAAGAGUGGUUGGUAUUACGAGAGCACGGCGGUUGAUCGGCCGGAGUCGGUCAACGACAAUUUCUUCAACCGAUGGGCCAGGAGGCCGCAUCCGUCUGGAAACUGCAGAUGCUCCUUUCGCCAAUCCAUCGGUGCGUUAAGUACCACCGAGGAGCGAAUACUGUCCGCGGAAUUGAAUCGCAUCCGGACGAGUCUCUGCGAGGCCGAGAAAAACGCGCACGGCAUCGAGGAACUGGAGCAAAGAGUCACUGCGAAUCUACAAAAGUUACGGGACACCUCGGAAGCCGCCGAACGCGCGAACGAAACGGUGCCUUCGAUAUUAACGCCUGAUCGCCAAUCGUUCGAACAAAGCGCGAAGCAACAAAUCGUCAAGGAUUUGGAAAGGUAUAUCAAUACGCUUCUAGAAGAAGUGCUUGAUGACACUGUUAAGCAUGUAACCGGUGUAGAAAAGAAUAGCGUUCAAAAUUCUUGGCAACGAACGAAAAAUAAUCUGAUGAAGUCGCAGCUCGAUAAAUCCAAAGAGAAAAUUUCAAUAAAAAAGGACGGAAAUGACUCCUUUAUCGAUAUUAAUCUCCGUCUCCCAGCGGAUAAGAGAGAAACGCAGGAGCAGUGGAGUACGGAAAAUGAACAUAAAAGGCAAUUCGCUAGUGUUUCCAUAGGCGAAGGCUACGUGAAUCCCGCUUUCGUCGGUUCGACGGAUGAGCUAGCUUCUUUAGACUUCGAUUGUUCUACAAGAAAACAUACAGAUUUAUAUCUUGGAAUAGCAGCGGAUAGCAUUUCUCCAGAAAAGUUAGAUUGCGUGGAUUCUGGAAUAAAUAGCGUAGAGACUAUCGAGUUUCAACUACCUGAUCAAGAACCGAGUUUCGAGCAAUCUCUUUUACGAAUCAUUGAUGAGAAAUUGGGAAGAGGUCCUUCAGCGAAUAAUUCGGAAGAGGAUAGCCUUGAAAAAAAUUCGCAGAAAGCUGUUUCAAAAGAAGAGAAGAACAAAGAAGAGUCUGCCUCUCGGGAGAUAUUAACUUCCAAAUUUGGAACAUCGUCGACCGAUCCCGAUUCCUGGGAAGUGGAGCGACUGGAGGAUACUGUUAAUAUAGAAACUGAUUUCAAGAAAUUACGCCUGGAAUUUCAAAGCAACGGCAAGAAUUUGUCUCCGAACGAUGAAACUCUAUCGAAGAUGAAUGUAAAAUUAAUGGAAACCUCUAUUGAACUCAAGGAUUAUAAGAAAUGGGUGGAAUUCGACGAAAUCUCUUCGCAGGAAAAUACGCGACGAAGCCUCCGCGAUUCAAUAAUUCAACUAAGAAGGAAUAGAAAACCAACCAUAGUUUUUCUACACGGGUUUGGUUCCUCAGCGGAAAUCUUCGAACAUCAACUACAAUAUUUUUCUUCCCAUGGUUAUCCUUGCAUCGCUCCCGAUAUGCUCGGCCAUGGUAUGAGUUCAGCGCCUGAUCGUUCUAGAGAUUAUCAUUUCGGCAAGUUACUCAAGGAUCUAGAUGCCGUUCUACACCAUUAUGCUUUCAAACCAGGGGAAAAAUGCGUCUUAGUCGCACAUAAUUACGGAUGUAGCUUCGCUACGGCGUUAGCUUGUAAAUAUGAUAGCAAUAUCCAUCAACUCGUGCUAAUAUCGGGCGGCGGACCGACUCCCCUUGCCCCGCCAAGCACGGAAUGUGCGGGUCAUUGCUGUCUCAGGGCGAUUCUUGCGCCUCUGCUGAUGUGUGGUCUUCAUCGAGAUAUUCUGUAUUCCGCUCGAGGUCGACAGCAUCCUUAUUGCGGUCAAGAAUCGAUGGAACAGUGGCCUUCGCAUAUGAAAUACGUACUGAACGGCAUGAAUUGGCCGCAAGGCGAUUAUGCCUUCCAUAGAAAAAUAUGUACGCCAACGCUUUUAGUGCAUGGACUAAGAGAUAAUAAAGUGUCGCUAGUACAAGAGUGUCAAAUGGAAAGGACAAUGGUAAAGGCUUUCCUCGAAGCUAUUCCAAUGGCUGGUCACAGUCCAAUGACUGAUUGCCCCCAGCAACUGAAUCAUAUGAUACAUUGCUUUAUAGAUCUGUGGAAGAACAAAAAAUGGCAGCAAUGACUAUUCUUUCUAGGAAUAACGUCUGCAAUGUUAUAUUAUAUUGAAAUUACAUCGACGCACACGUAAUUGAUUAACAAACCAUUUAUAAAUUAACUUUCAGUUAGAUAUUAAUAUUUAACUCUUUUGCUGUGGGCAGAGGGAUUCUAAAUACAUAUGCAACUUGAAUCGUUGUCGUAAAUAUGCCAAAAGUACAAGCUAACGUCGAAAGAUUUGUUUCGAUAUUGAAUCUCUACAUAUUUCUAUACAUACGUAUCUGUGCCGCUAUAUAUAUAUAUACAGUAAGUAAUGAAUAGGACAAAUAAUCUUUCAUGACAUGUAUUCACAGCAAAAGGAUUAAACUGAAAAAAUAAGCUUUUA